UUUUUAAAGUGUGUCACGUGACCAAUGUUGCGGACGAAAAGCUACAUAACAAUCUAGCUAUCUUCCUUGCUUGAGCACGGCAAAGAAAAUGCUUCUUCAGCAUAACCACUAUCUUUUCAAAAUGAGCUAUCUCCAUUAGGUUGGUACAAUGGAUGAAGAUGAAGUAGAGCUACCAUCCAUGUUGUGGGGAUUGGAUCCGAUCUUUUCUGCUUUCGCCAGGCUCCAUAUCACAGACAUCCUCGACAUGAAGGAGUCCUGUCAAGUGUCAGAUAUUUAUUUCUACAAGUCACAUCCGAUCCACAAGGUCGAUGUUCUUGGGACAGUCGUUUAUAAGCGGGAAAGAGAGGACUUCUUCUGUUAUGGGGUGGACGAUGGCACUGGUGUCAUAAACUGCAUGUGUUGGAAAAAUGACCUGUUUAAAGAAGAGGUGAAUUCUGUGUUUUUUUUAACUUUAGACAUGGGGAAACCUCAGGAUAACCUUCAGGGAGGCUUUAAUCUAGCUGUUGAACGGAAAAAACUGAGACAUGCCCAGCAGACCCACGGCAGCGUAGAGAUUGGAGAGCUUCUGCGAGUCAGAGGACGAGUGAAGACGUCAAGACAACAAAGAGAGAUUAUAGCCUACAUGUACUAUAAAGUGAACGACCCAGUCAUGGCAGUCCAGAUUGAAUGGAUGCUUGAGGUUUUACAGCUGUACAGAGAAUUCUAUGACAAACCACUUCAUCUAAAAACCAACACUGCUAGUGAGUCUCCCUUCAGUUCCCUCAGUAAGGCAACACAUAUCAUCAAAGAUUUAUUAGAGCAGAGGUCUGUGAGCAAGUUCAGACCUUAUGAUAUUCAGGACCUCCUGCAGCCUCUGUUCCUCAGCUGUAAUGAAACAGCACAUGCAGACCAGGAACCUGUGGCGGGUCCAUCUACAUACCGGCAACUAAGAAUACUCCUUAAAGAGGCCUUAAACAUUUUACAGGAUGAGGGCAUUGUGUACCAAAGGAUGAAGUCCCCAGAUGAAGUCUAUUUUGUGACUGCACAGGAUAAAGAUCUUCUUAUGAUCGUUAAAGACAUAAUCAGAGAGGACUCAAAAAAAGAAAAGUAUCGAGAGACGGGCUGCCACAUCUUGCACAUUCUGUCUUCAGUACGACAGCGCUACAGUUUGAAUGUGAGCAAGCCAGUGCUUGAGCUGGUUCUCAAAUCAUUGGAGUGCAAGAGUGACAUUGUCAGUACCAGAGAUAACUACUUUACUAUGUUUUAGUCUGGGGUUGGUGAUUACUAUGUUUCUUAAUUAUUUACAUAAAAAAUAGAUUUAUAUAAUCUGGUCGUAUCUUUUAUUUAUUCCCAAAUUUAUACACAUUUUAAGGAUUAUGCAGUAUGUAUUAAAAAAAUUUUCAUGAACCUAUACAUUACUGUACAUUUUAAAUCUCUGUAAAGUGAAUUUAGUCAUGUUCAUCCACUGCGAUUGAUGUGACAGUGACUUCAUCAUGCACAGUUGCCAAAGUGAAAUAAAGAAAAUGUGAAAUAAGUGGA